AUGGCACGAAACACUGUCAGCACGUCACCUUCUACUUUUACGUACAAAUGCGGACAGACCUCUUCAUCUUCGUCAGACAAAUCGCGGGAACCGAUACCUGCUGAUGAUUGCGACGGACUUGAAAGCGACAAUGAUACCUUCAUUGCGUUGUCAUCGCUACCGAAGAUGGCGAUAAAGCGUGGAUCAUACCAAAACGAAAACGGUUCACUCAGCCCACAGGUUCAUCAGUUGAUGUUUCUUGUGCAGCAAUAUGUGGCAAGAGAUGUGAAGCAUGAGCAUCCGGAGACGGAUGAUCAAAACUAUCGUCCUCCAUGUGACGUCCAACAUGAAGUUAGUGAGCCUGUCGGAUCCGCUGGUCGUGUCGACGAGAACAGACCUCAGCAACAGGAAAUUGGUGAUGAGACCGAGUUGUGCAGCAGGAUGGAAGAACUUGCGAUUUAUUGCUCCGGCGGAGACGAUAAUAUUGAAUGCAGAAUUACGGAUGAACGUGCUCAUGGGAUAUCAAACCAAGACGAAGUUGACACUACAAAACACGUCGAGGAUCGGGAUUCGAGUAAACCCGAGACCGAGAAUUUGGAUGAGCUAGUGAAACAGGCAAAACUGAGUACUGCCACAACAUCCCGUUUGCGUGUGCAUCCGAUCAUGACCGCUAAUAUGACUGUCAAGGGUAUUCGUGUUCCUCAGCUUCCGCGCGGGAGGGACGAAGGAUAUAGUGGCAGUGAAUUCGGCAAUGCAAAAACAUGUAACCCCGACAACAUUCACGCAAAGGCUGCAGGAGAAAACUUCCGGUACCGAUUUCGAUUUUCUGAGAAAGAGGUGUUGCAGCUUCUGGAUGAUGACGAAGCUAGCGCAGAAUCGGCUCUGAAUCCAGCGUUGCUCAACACUUAUCGGCGGUUGAGCACAAAUUCGAAGAUUAUUGUGGCUGUGCCACUACGACGAAAUUCGUUCUCCAUGAAGCGGAAUUCGUUAAAGAGUUUUGGCGGAUUCGGUUCGGCACAUGUAGCAAACAUUGCUACACCUGAGGUGGCUGGAGCAUCAGCUUUGUCACAUGUCACAAAAUCCGCCACGAACCUUUGGACAGUUCGUCGUAAAUCGACAAGCGCAUGCCACAUCAUUGCUUCCAGCAUGCCACUCAGUCGUCGCAACAGUAGCAUAUUUUCUGUCACGAAGCAACAGAUCUUAGGCUCCAGCAGCAAGAAAAAAGUAAUAGCUUCGCCGAAUAAAUCUACGUCUGGACCACCGAGAUCAUCAUCCGCGUCAUCAUCACCUUCUCCUGUGCCGACGACACAAAAUCAAAUAUUGCUGCGUGUCCGUGAGCGCAUGAGUGAUGGUGUCCCAGAACUAGUGAUCGUCAAAAAACCUGUUCACUUUGUGAUGUGGCACUGGAACGAUCGCUGCGUUUGCGUACCUUUCAUGAACGCGACCAACUACAUGGAGCUUGGACCAGCGCAACACGACAUCAUGCUGAGACAGCUGCGCUACAUCAAAUUGAUGAUGUACGAACUUCCAUGGGCAAAAGCACAUUUACGUGCGCUGCUAUCCAAGUACACAGCGAAGGAGUUGUCCAAAAAGGAACUGUAUCCUCAGCUGAACGCUCUAGGUGAGCAAGUGCAGAGCGAUAUCAGUUCACGAGCGAAAAAGCAUCAUGCACUUAUAGCUCGGAAACAUCGACUGAAGGUAACGUUGACACUAGCGACGAGUGUUGUAAACGACACCAAAAUGACUAAAUCUGGUCGCCGCGGUCGACCCCAUACCUCGCGCCUGCUGUACGACCCAACUUUUCCACUUCAACUGCGUUGGAGACGCAAACACGGCGAAUGGAGCACUGAAUAUCUUGCGGUUGACGAAAUACAAGUCAUUGAGGGAUCUGACAGUUCAAGGGUGUCCAGUGGUGCAGAAACAUUUGGUCGCGAAAACAAAAAGACCGUUGCCGUAUUAGCUGAUCCUGAGUCAUGCUUGUCUUUCGUGACGCCUACUCGCUCACUUAAUCUGCAGGUUGCCAGCUCACUACACCGAGAGUGGCUUGCAAACGCCAUGCGCGAUCUCGUGUCGUUCGCACAGCAACACGAAGCUAUUCAAGCAACUACUGACAUCGUCAUGGACAAUAACAGCUAA